GUAAGUUUACAAACUGCGGGAAACUGUCGAAUGGGAAGUUGAAAAUAUGACAGACCUGACGCCAGAGUUGGGAUUAGAUGCGAUUGACGAUUGGUUUAAGAUUGGUAAAAAGUCGGUACAGAGUUCUUUAAAAACUGUACCACGAAGUGUGACACAGGGCAGAUAUUUUGACAUCGAAACACAAAGGCCACGUGUUGCAGAAACUGAGGAUGCCUUCCAUCUACAACGAAGGACACCAGCUUUAUCUCAGACGGAUUAUGCAGAAGUCUACAGAAAAAAAGAAGAGGAAGAGCUGAUGGGAUACACUCAUCCACAUCAAUCUAACAGAACCACAACCGUCACCAAUGAUCUGGAACAUCUGGACCUGGACAGCAUCGCCACAUCUACCGUGGCAAUCCCCCACGACCUUGUUCCCUCCAACGCCAUGGACGUCUACAAAAACUACGAUUUUGAACACCACAAUGAGGGAAGUUUGCCGAUCGCAGAACAUAAAGAUGAGGUAAUUGGCACAAUUGAGAGUAAUCAAGUGACUAUUGUUCAAGGAGCAACAGGAUCAGGAAAGACAACUCAGGUACCUCAGUACAUCUUGGACCACUAUGCCAAAAUGGGACGUUACUGCAACAUCAUAGUAACCCAGCCACGCAGGAUUGCUGCCAUGAGUAUAGCAAGAAGAGUGUGUUCAGAGAGAAGGUGGCAGAUAGGAACCCUCUGUGGCUAUCAGGUGGGAAUGGACAAGCAAGCCUCAGAGGACACUCGUAUUCUGUUUGUCACCACUGGAGUCCUGCUGAGGAAACUGGUCAGCAAGAAAAACAUGCUGGAAUAUACCCAUGUGAUACUGGACGAGGUUCAUGAACGGGACCAGGACACAGAUUUCUCACUACUCAUCGUCAGGAAACUCCUGAGAACCAACUCGAGACACGUUAAGGUGGUGCUGAUGUCCGCCACAUUCGACUGUGACUUGUUUGCUCAGUAUUUUGCCCUGCCUGUCAGAGAUCGCCUAGAGCCUGCCCCUGUUGUAACAGUGGAUGAAGCCCCACAUACAGUGUCAGAAUAUUAUGUGGAGGACAUUAAGGAGUUGGGUCAGGUCCCAGCUAUGGAAUCUUUUGAUCCCACCAUAUCUAAAGAGGCAUACGCAUUGGCAGCAAGAUUGAUUGAAGAAUUUGACAAAAUGGAGGUCAUGGUCCAAGGGAGGUUUGAAGAGAGAAACUAUGCAAAGUAUCGGGGAACUGUCUUGGUGUUCCUACCAGGUAUGGUGGAAAUCGAUGAUAUGCAUGACCACUUAGUGCGGCUAGAGAGAAACAAUCUGAAGAUUAUACCAUUGCAUUCCACAAUCACUGUUGAAGAACAAAGCAGAGUGUUUGACAUUCCAGAAAAUGGACAGAGAAAGGUCAUCCUCUCCACAAACAUUGCUGAGAGCUCCAUUACAGUCCCUGAUAUCAGAUAUGUGAUUGACUUUUGUCUGACAAAGAACUUAAUCAGUGACCCAGACACAAACUACACCAGUCUCCAUGUAGAGUGGGCCUCAAAAGCCAACUGUAUCCAGAGGAAAGGUCGAGCUGGACGUGUUUCCAAUGGAAGAGUUUACCGCAUGGUGACAAGGCUCUUCUAUGACACUGUCAUACCUAGUUAUGGCAUCCCAGAAAUGCAGCGCUGUCCAUUGGAAAAGCUAGUUCUACAGACGAAAGUGUUCAACAUGGGAGAACCGAAAGCUCUGCUGGCCCUGGCUCUUGAACCCCCGAAUCUGGAUGACAUUGAGAAAACUAUUUUGUUGUUGAAAGAGGUGGGUGCUCUGUCCACCCCAGCCACAGGCGAGGGAAACCGCCAUGAUGGUCAGCUGACCUUUGUCGGCCAUGUGCUCGCAGACCUUCCUGUGGACAUUAAGAUUGGCAAGUUACUCAUUUACGGACAUGUGUUCGGGGUCUUGGAAGAAUGCCUCAUUAUUGGUGCUGCGAUGUCCUUGAAAUCUCUCUUCUCAAAACCUUACAAAGCUCACUUGGAGUCUUACAGACACAAACUGGAUUGGGCCCGAGGUUCUCAGAGUGAUAGCUUGGCCAUCCUGAAUGCUUUCAAGGAAUAUGAGGCGCGUAAAAACAUGGGAGAGUUCAGAAGAGGGGUAUCAGAAAGGGAAUGGUGUAAGAGACAUUUCCUACAGCAGAGAAGAAUCAGAGAGAUUGCGGAGCUUGUUAAGGAAUUGGAACAGAGACUGGGUCAGUUUAACAUCAACAGGCCAGGACACCGACCUAAUUACAGGAAUCAUUUCUCCGAGGACCAGGAGAGACUUCUACUCAAGUUGGUGAUGUGUGGUGCUUUCUACCCCAACUACUUCCUAAAAGGUUCAGUGGAUGAGGAGAGUGCCCUCAGAGAAAUGUCGGGAAAUGACCCACUGAACACAGUGAUGGUGAAAGGAUUACCAGCAAAUCAGGGGUUGCUUUACAAGCAAGUGUUGGAAGAUCAAUUCAGGAAUGUUGGGUUUAAUCCAGAGGCUUCUUUUGAGGAAACAAGAGCCUACAUCAGCUUCCAGUGGAAACCAGAGUACAGGGGACGUGUUCAUCCAGGUGUUUACAUGGCAGUUAAAUUGAGACAGCUUCGACAGUCCAUUACGAUAGACCAAUACUCCUCAGACCAAACCGUCAAGUUACUGCAGGAGAUACAGGCCCAGCAGCAGGGGGGCCCAGGGGGGAAACUAAGGUCCAACCGACAGGACAGAGGCGACCAGAAACCCCAGGUGGCGCUGCCAGAAAUGUCCACUCAAUAUGUGUCCUUGUGCAUCACUAGUGUUGUGGAAUGUGGCCAUUUCUGGGCACAGUACAAAGAAUGCUCCAAUGAAGAGGUUCUGAACCACAUACAGAACACUCUCAACUUCAACAGUCUUGCUAUGUCCCGGACAUUUCCAUUGGGUCAGAUAGUGGCUGCCCCUUACACAGAGCAUGGAGAGACCCAGUACUACCGGGCCAGGGUCGACAGCUAUGACCAGCAAAAACGACAGGAGAGAAGGAUUGAUACAGCCACCGUAUUCUUUGUUGACUUUGGGAACACAGAAACAGUGGAUAGGGCCACACUCCGAGUUUGCCCUCCCAACAUUGCCAACAUUCCAUUUCAGGCUGUAGAGUGUUUCCUGUGCGAGAUCAGGCCCUCAGUGAGGAAGUGCCCGGACAGUAAGUGGACCAAGGAGGCGACCGAUCUGUUCAGAUCCUGGGUGGACCAGGAGUGUCUGUUUGGUCAGGUGUACUCCACAGUAAGGGACACCCUGAGGGUAGAACUGAUCCAGUCGUUAGGAAAUGGGAGACAGGUGUCCUUCAGACAAGAGCUGAUCAACCUUGGAUAUGGGGAGAGAGCUGAGGAGAACUAUCUCUCAAAGAAAGAUCAUGAGCAGAGGCAGCAGAGGCAACAGAGAGAGGGACCCCACAUGGUCAGGCCCCAGGAGGAGAGGGUACGGUCCACGGAGGACUGGUUAGGAGCCGCCAUCAGUGCUGCUUCACCCUUAUCAUCUACCCCGUACACCAGGGGUCAGAGGAUACACCUGAAAGGACCAACUAACCCUUAUGAAAUGCAACUUUAUAGUUUAACAAAUGUUGGACGACUCAGGGCAGCCAAGGUAGACCCCGACAGUGUGAACUCUGUUGCCAUUGACGAUGAACCUGAAUCUCCACAUACAAGAAUGAUGAUUGCAGGGUUUGUGGGGUUAAAUGCGGCAGGUUCCACGAUGAUUGCUCGGGACACCACCAUCAUGCCCCUCAUUCCCGGCCUGCCUGCCUUAAUGUCACUGCUGUUCUGUCCUAUUGCUGAACUGAGAGUUGACCAGAAGAAGGAGAAUUACAUUGGAGCAAUCUGUGGCCUCGGUGUGGACAGGUUCUCAGACCAACCAGCCAUGCCUGACCAUGACAUGGAAGUGGCCUUCGACACAAACAUAACUCUGGAGGACAUUUUCAAGAUCAAUGGAGUCAGAAUGGCCAUCAAUAUUGUCCUAGGAAGCGAGCAGGCAGUGUCAAACUGGGGAGAAGACGCCAUAUAUAGACUCCAGGACUCGGCACGCAAGAAGCUUAUGAGUUUGAUCCAAGGAACCACCCGAGAGCCCUUUGAUGCCCCCUCUACAGACAAACCCUAUAAAUGGAACCAGUUGGAUCCGGAGGACAUUUUAGGUCAUGACCUACAGAAUACCCCAGCAGACAGCUUAGUGCUGUUACACCUCCAUAAAGGUGUGUAUCUGCGAUCCGAGGGAGGGGAGGAGGAAGAGGAUGAAAUAGGGGUGGAGGAGGCAACCCUAGAAAUGAGGCGUCAUGCAAAUUGGCUGCACCAGGCUGCUAGGAGCGCCACAAGCAGGGAACCCAUCGUAUGUCGACUCUGUAACAUGACGUGGCAGACGCCUCAGUUACUCCAGCUUCAUCUGGAGACGCGGCGACAUAAAGAUAAGGAGAAUGCCUUGUAUGACUGAAUUUGAAGAGGAGUGUUUCUACAAGCUAUCUGGAAAUAGGUCAAAAGUUGUUGCAAAAGGGCAUCGAUGAAAUACAGACAUGGAUACGCUCGUGAGAUAAUGGUGGUCAGGAAGAUUAAAUGUACAUGUAUUACGUUUAGUUCACAGGGCAUCUCAGAGUAAAAGAUGUCGGACCCUGUUGAAGUGAUUGCAACGGACUGUUGCAUUGUUUUGAUACAUGUUCAGCAGAUAAUUUGAGGACAUUUUUUAUCUUUUUAGUCUCAGGUUUUGUUUAUGAUUCUUGCAAAAGAAGUUCUUUUGUCCCCUUUAUUAUGUAUUUUUAUUUUUUAGAUAAAGAUUUUAUCAUGUU